GGUGUUAUCCGGAUUUCAUCGGACAUCCGGAUACCCCCGUUGUUGCCACGUUGUAGUCGCCAUCAUGGCCCCGACGACGAAAGGUGUCCAAGGAAACGAGGCCCCCGCUGGCCGUCAGCCGCGCGUGGCAAUCGUGUAUAAUGCUAACAGUAGCGUUACGAAACGACAAGUCAACCUGGCACAAUACUUGUCUGCGUGCAUGUCCCAGGGUGGAUGGUGUGAAAAGGUCCAUUUGGUGGCACUCCCGUCGCCGCACUCGUCUGCACCUGCGUCAGAGAGUGCAUCCUUCAAAGCCCGUCGGCGUGACGGUACCGUCUUGACGUCGUCGGAGGUUGUGCAGACAACGGACGUGUCUGUCCUCUUCCCAAGCGACGUCAUCUUCUUUUGCGUGGAUAUUCUGCAGCUCAACCAUGCAGCGGGCAUCGUCGCCAAGGCGAUUGAACUUCCCAAGGGGAAGAAACCCCAGCAGCAUGUAAUUGUACACCUGGGGGCGUCGCUCAAGCGUGUCGAAGGCUUUGAAAAGACGCAUUUCCCACACAAGAUUGUGCUUCAAGGUGGAGCAUGCUUUGAUGUUGUCCUCGACCUCAAUGGUAUUCUCACGCCGCUGUCAAACGGGUCCGUCUUCAUCGAACGCCUCUCGAAGGACAAGGAGCAGGCUCUCUUUUGCCUCGAUAUCAUCCAGAGUUGCGCAUUGCAAGUAAUUAGCCGCCGCAACUUGCGAGCGAUUCAUUGGUCCAACGCGAUGCUCACGUCGCUCUACGUCGUGUGUGCAUUGACCAACUUGACCGUGUCGGAGGCUCUUCGGGACCGCAAGUGCCGUCUCCUGUAUGCAGACAUGCUGCAUGAGAUCCUGGAGGUACUCGAUCGCGUCGCCAAAGACAAGCACUGGUCGUUGGAUCAAUCUGCGCACUGCUUUCUCCCCGUGCCGUCGAUUCUCGCGCUGUUGCCGCUGCCAAACGCGGUCUUUUCGAUCGUGACCAAGUUGUUUGACUUUGGCGUGACGUCGGGCACGUUGGACGAUAUCCCUCAACUCACGGCCGACCUGGUUGACGGUUUGACCACGGAACUCGUUUACGAGUACGACGACGUGUUUGAUCUCGCGUCAAGAUACAAUGUCAACGUCCGCACACUGCCGCAGCUCCAAACGCUCGUCAUUCAAGCGGCCAAAGCGAAGAAAGGAUCGCCCGCAUUGAGCUCGGCGGUGCUGUACUCGACCGUCCAACCGUCUUCCGCCAGUCGGAAGCACUCGAUGUGGCUGGUGCUCAAACUCAUGUUGACCAUCGUCUUCACGAUAGGAUUGAUCGUCAUGCUACGCUAGUGAAUGCAGUCAGGACGUCGACAACUGUGUUCGUGUGGCAUGGCAUUCCGCAAAAGAGAUGAAAGUGAGAGCAGGGCGCAUUGGAAACACUAUCUUGGCCAGUUGCAACCUCAACGACGACAGUCGCCACCAAUCGUUAGCUGAGUGAUUAUUUGUUGGCUGGUGUAGUCGC